AUGGAUUCGGGUUUCUGGGCGGGCUACCUUAGUGGUGCCCUUGGAAUUAUCAUUGGAAACCCGUUAGAUGUGAUCAAGGUUCGGCUCCAGGCGGGCAAUGCGGCUCAUGUCCCGCCAUCCCACCUAUCCGGAAUAGAGAAGGCGGGCUCGCUCGUUCGAGGUGCGGCUGCACCGAUUUUUGGAUAUGGAGCCCUCAAUGCAGUUCUCUUCAUGGCAUAUAAUCGGUUGCUGAUGACUAUGGAUCACUCCGUUGUAGACCCUACCAAUCCUUCGGGGGUGCCUUUGUAUAAAAUAUGGGUUGCUGGUGCCGCUGGCGGACUGGCUAGCUGGACUAUCUCUGCUCCAACUGAAUUUAUCAAAUGUCGGGCGCAGAUGGAUUCUCGUCCGGAGGUUUCCUCGUGGUCCGUUGCCAAGGAUAUAUAUCGGCACCGUGGCUGGCGAGGACUUUACUACGCAGGAGGUGUCACAAGUGCUAGAGAUGCAAUUGGCUAUGGAUUCUAUUUCUGGUCCUAUGAGCUCUGUAAGCGCCUUAUGACAUCUGAAAAUGAGACUUCCAACCAAUCGGCCAUGAAGGUCCUCCUUUGCGGUGGCAUUGCCGGAAUUGUAACCUGGGGAUCAGUCUUCCCCUUGGAUAUGAUCAAGACUCGACUCCAAGCCCAGACGAUGCAUGAUGCGCAUGAUGUGCAUACACUUCCGGGUUCUGCAGAACGCCAACCUCUUGUACGCCCGCGCCAGACACUAACCACAGUUCAAAUUGCCAAAGAGGCUUAUCGAGCUGAGGGCCUGAGGCCCUUUUACCGAGGACUGGGCGUCUGCAGCAUACGAGCUUUUAUUGUGAAUGCUGUCCAGUGGGCGGCAUAUGAGUGGUUGAUGAAAAGCUUUACUCAGCCACGCCAGCCAUUGAGCCUCGAGCCGAUGACCCAACGUACCUAG